AUGGCUUUUGAAUAUUUAUUUAUAUCUGCAAUUAUCCUGUUCGCUAUAUGGUGUCGUCGCACCUAUACCUAUUGGAAACGACAUGGUAUACCAUACGUGAAGCCACUACCGAUAAUUGGUACCCUUAAAGAUGUUUUUAAAAUGGAGAAAAAUGUAGCUUUGCACAUUGCCGAUAUGUAUAAUUAUCGGGGUAUGGAAAAGGAACCUGUUGUGGGCAUUUUUGUCUUGCAUCAACCGGCAUUGGUUAUUCGAGAACCUCUGCUUAUCAAAUCGAUUCUGAUUAAGGAGUUUUAUAAUUUCCAUGAUCGCUAUUGUCGCAUCGAUGAAAGUGUCGACCGUUUUGGUUCGUUGAAUUUAUUCUUUGCCAAAUACGAUAUAUGGCGUGAUAUGCGAAAGAAAUUGGCACCCACUUUCACCAAUGGUAAAUUGAAGUUGAUGUUUCCGCUGUUGACAGAGAUCGGCGAUGAAUUGGAGCAAUAUUUACUUAAAAAGGGUGACAAAUUUGUAGCAGAAGUAAAAUCCAUAUGCGGUCUCUUUACAACCGAUGCAAUUGCCUCGACUGGCUAUGGCAUAAAUGUUUGUAGUUUUCAAAAUCCCUACAGCGAAUUUGCCUCUCAAAACUACAAUAAUCAUCAAAAUAUACCAGCCCAUGAACAUUUUGUUAUGUUUCUCCUACCCAAACUUUCAAAGCACAUACGGGCACAAAUGUUUCGCAAGAAUUAUGAUACCUUCUUACGAGCCUGCCUUAAACACGUUAUGGAUGAGAGAGUAAAAUCAGGACAAGAACGUAACGAUUUAAUUGAUACUUUGAUACGUUUGGUCAAAGAGGCCAAGGAAAAUAAGGAUAUCCGUGAUAAAGAUCUUUACAUAGAUGCCAUAUUGGCUCAGGGUGCUGUUUUUAUUGUUGCCGGCUAUGAAACAUCAUUAUCGGCUAUAGCCUUUACUCUCUACCAAUUGGCCAAAUAUCCUGAAUUGCAACAAAGACUGCGAAAGGAAAUUAAACAAGUAUUGCUGGCGGGAAAGGGUGCGGUUAGCUAUGAUGCUCUAAAAUCUAUGGAAUAUCUCGAUAUGGUAAUGCGUGAAAGUUUACGUUUAUAUCCUGCUGUGGCCUUCUUGGAACGUAAACACAAUGCUCGUGAUCAGGAAUUUUCACUGAAACCCUAUCAUGAUUUUAAAAUACCAAAUGGUAUGCCGAUAUUUAUUUCGAAUUAUGCCAUACAUCGUGAUCCGUUGUAUUGGCCAAACCCUGAAGUCUUCGACCCUGAACGUUUUUCUCUACAAAAUAAGGAGGGUAUAUCCCCAUAUGCCUAUUUGCCAUUCGGUUUGGGACCCCGUAGUUGUAUGGGCGGCCGUUUGGGUUUAUUAAUAUCUAAAGUGGGUGUUUUAUAUUUUCUUAAAAACUACGAAAUACGCCAGUGUCCUCAGACAGUGAAGAACAUGUCCUUUAAUCCCAAUAUGUUGACAUUAGAAUGUAAGGAUGACAUAAAUUUGGAAUUUAUGAAGGAUCCAUUGUGGAUAUAAUU